AACAGUAACAUCACACAGCACAGUUUCACAUGGUUUCAAAUCAUCAGCAGUUGCUUCAGUACAGAAUCUCCAGGAUCCAUGAAUGAGACAUUUUAACAAUCUGCUUUCAUCAAAAAUAUUACACUGGUUAAACCAAUUUUCUCAUUUCUGGUAAGAUAAGCAAAAACUGAUGUUGCACUUUAACUUGUUGACCUGCUUGAUGCUUGCAAUGUUGUUACAACAUUUGUAUUACAUUUGUUAAAUAUCAUUUCAAAUUGGUGAGUUACAUUGUGAGGUUUAAUAUAUGAUUUCCAUUUGUUCAUUUAUUGCAUACUUACAGGCGUCUGUUUCUCCAAAGGACUGAUCUUAUUUUAAAGAAAAAUGGAUAAACUUAUUCUUUUCAUUUUUUUGUCACAAGGUGUUUGGUGUGGAGAUUGGAGCAUCAGUCUGCCAGAGAAGAUUGAAGCUCUGAAUGGAUCCUGUGUGACCAUACACUGCACAUUUGAUAUUAAUAACACAUAUGACAAAGAUCUCACUGACAGUGCUGCAGGGGUGUGGUAUAAAGAUGGGAUUGACUAUCAAACAAAUGUAGUGUUUUACUCCAACAGGACCGAUCUCUAUUUUGAAGGGAAAAUAAUUGGAAAAUUAAAAAGCAAGAACUGUACCACCAUCUUUUAUAAUGUUACUUCAAAUUACAGUGGUCAAUUUUUCUUCAGGAUUGAGGGUAAUGGUGGACUGAAAUAUACCUAUACACAAAAAUCUGUUUCAAUAAAUGUGAUUGACUCUCCCCCCAAUCCCACAGUGCAGAUGUUUAAGGAUCAGAUGGAGGUUGAGGUUCAUGAGGAGGUGUUAGAGGGGAGCUCUAUGUGUCUGCGCUGCUCUGCUAAGACUCUCUGCUCCUCUUCUACACCAACUCUCACAUGGAGCUCCACUGACAGACUCCACCUCAAUGAGAACAGCAGACUACAGCUGGAUCAACAGAAACAAACUGAGAUCAUCUCUGAUCUGAACUUCACUGCUACUCACCUUCAACAUGGAGUCACUUUCAUCUGCACUAUAACCUACCAGCUACAGCAGAGAAACACAACAGCACAGAACAACAUCACAUUACGUGUUCAGUAUGCACCCCAAAUCUCUCUCUUUAGUUGUAACAGAACUGAUGUAACUGUGUGUUUGUGUGAGGCUCAUGGGAAUCCCUCUCCUAAAGUGGAGUGGCAUCUAUCUGGACGUCCUGUCAGUAACUCUACAAACACAUUCAUCAGUGAGGAGCGAUUGAACAGCACAGACUUGAGGAGCUUCAUUUCUUUCCAUCAGUCACUUACACACACAGACACUCUGCAGUGUGUCACCAUCAACACUCACGGCAAUGCCAGUCAUCAGAUUCAACUGCUUCACUGUUCUUAUGAGACAAGUAAGUUCUCUGUUUCAACCUCAGUGUCAGAUUAACACAGUGUAGUGCCCUAGGUUGACC